AUGGCCACACCUCAGUACGGCAGGCGCUUGAUCCCUCAAGUCCUCGACGAAAUCGCAAAGACGGACCCCCACGCGGAAAUCUUCUCGGUGCCUCGCUCGUCGGACCCCAAGGAUGGAUGGAAGAAGAUCACCUACUGGCAGGUCGCCAACGCGGUGAACCGCAUAGCCCAGAAGAUCCUCGACAAGAGGGGCAGGCCCGAGCCGGGCAGCUUUCCCACGCUCACCUACAUCGGCCCCAGCGACGUGCGCUACAUGGUCAUCAUGAUCGCCUGCAUCAAGGCGGGAUACAAGGCUCUGCUCAUCUCCCCCAGGAAUUCCCACGAGGGCCAGAUGAACCUCUUCGAGAAGACGGACUGCAACAUCAUCUGCUUCGACUCGUCCUACAAGGACGUCAUCCAGCCCCUGCUGGAGGAGCGCCAGAUGGACGCCAUCAUGGUGAGCUCCGCCGCCGCCUGGCUCGACGACGCCGAGGUGCCCCACGUCCCCUACACCAAGACCUUCGACGAGGCCGUCGCGGACCCCGUCGUCGUCCUCCACACCAGCGGCAGUACCGGCCUGCCGAAGCCCAUCGUCGCCCGCGUCGGCAUGGUCGCCGUCGCCGACGCCUUCCACGACCUCGACGACUUCAUGGGCUCCGAAAACUGCAUGAAGUCCAUCAUGCACGGCGACCGCCUCUUCCUCCCCAUGCCGCUGUUCCACGCCGCCGGCUGUUACAUGUCCACCUUCGCCGCCAUCUACUGGAAGCACCCCGUCGCCCUCGGCUUCAUCGACAGACCCUUGACGCCCCAGACGGUGCUCGACGCUUUGCAGUAUGCCAAGAUCGACAACGUCAUUCUGCCGCCUGCUAUUCUCGAGGAGAUGGCUUACAUGCCCGAGGGUGUCGAGGGCCUGAAGAAGCUCAAGCGUGUGAACUUUGGCGGUGGUAACCUCGCCCGUGAGGCUGGCAACGUGCUCACCAAGGCCGGAGUGCCUGUCUGCAGUGUUAUUGCCUUCACUGAGGCUGCUCCUUUGCCCUACUUUUUCCAGAAGAACCUGGAGAACUGGCAAUGGUUCAUUGUCGACUCAGAACGCUUGGGCGUCGACUGGCGCCAGGCCAGCGGCGAGGACGAGGACAUCUACGAGCAAGUCAUCGUCCGCAAAGAAAAGGCGGAUCCCCUCCAGGGUAUCUUCUACACCUUCCCCGAACUCAAGGAGUACAGCACAAAGGAUCUGUACCGCAAACACCCUACACUCCCCAACCACUGGAUGUACUACGGCCGCUCCGACAACAUCAUUGUCUUCUCCAACGGUGAGAAGCUGAACCCCGUCACCAUUGAGGAGAUCGCCACCGGCCACCCCAGGGUCAAGGGUGCCGUCGUUGCCGGAGCAAUGCGCUUCCAGCCGUUCCUCAUUCUCGAGCCGAUGGAGGAGUUGAAGACCGACGAGGAGAAGCAAAAGUUCAUCGACGACGUCUGGCCCGUGAUCGUCAAGGCGAACAAGGAGACCGUCGCCCACGGCCAGAUCGGCCGCCAGUUCAUCGGCGUCACCACCCCCGAUAAGCCCUUCCCCCGCGCCGGAAAGGGCACCAUCCAGCGCCCCAUGGCUCUGAAGCUGUACAAGGACGAGAUCGACGAGUGGUACAAGAAGGCCGAGGAUGGUGCCGACUCCGUCUCCGUCAACAUCGACGUCAGCUCCCAGCAAACUCUGAUGGACUCCAUCGAGAAGCUCUUCCAGCAGACUCUCGGUAGCAGAGCCCUGUCCGCCGACUCCGACUUCUUCAGCGCCGGUAUCGACUCCAUGCAGGUCAUCAACGCCUCUCGUCUGCUCCGCAAGGGUCUAGAGGCUGCGGGUGCCAACAUCACCGCCGACGCCAUCGCCACCCGCGUCAUCUACGCCCACCCGACUCCCAGACAGCUGGCCUCUUACCUGUUGGACCGCGUCAGGAAGAACGCCGGCACCAACGGCACAACCGCCGAGGAUGACUCCGACGGUGCCAACCACGACAUCGCCGCUAUGGAGGCCCAGCUGCAGAAGUACACCCGCGACCUGCCCCAGAAGCAGGGCAGCAAGCCGGCGCCCAACGACCAGGGCCAGACCAUCCUCAUCACCGGUACCACCGGCGCCCUCGGCUCGUACAUGCUCGACUUCAUGGAGUCCAACCCGGCCGUCAAGAAGGUCGUCUGCCUCAACCGCAGUGACGACAGCGGCAAGCGCCAGGUCAAGAUGAGCGCCGAGCGCGGCCUCAACACCAACUGGAAGAAGGCCGAGUUCCUCUGCGCCGACAUGUCCAAGAGCAACCUCGGCCUCGAGCCCGAGGUUUACGACAGGCUCCUCAAGGAGGCCGACCGCGUGAUCCACAACGCCUGGCCCGUCAACUUCAACAUCUCCGUCGAGACGUUCGAGCCCCACAUCCGCGGCGUCCGCCACUUCGUCGACUUCUCCCUCCGCGCGGCCAAGAACGUGCCCAUCAUCUUCAUCAGCUCCAUCGGCACCGUCGACGCCUGGGCCGGCCCCGGCCCCGUCCCCGAGAACAGGCUCAUGGACCUCUCGCUCCCCAGCACGGGUUACGGACGCUCCAAGAUGGUCAGCUCCCUGAUCCUCGACGAGGCGACGCAGCGCUCGGGCGUGCCGACCGCCAUCGUCCGCGUCGGCCAGGUCGCCGGCCCUCAGUCCAAGUCCGGCGUCUGGAACCGUCAGGAGUGGCUCCCGACCAUCGUCGCCAGCUCGGCCUACCUCGGCCUUCUACCCAAGGACCUCGGCGCCAUGGGCGUGGUCAACUGGACGCCCAUCGAGGGCAUCGCCCACCUGAUCCUCGAGGUGUCGGGUAUCGACCACCCCGUCCCGCUGCAGAACAUCCGGGGCUACUUCCACGGCGUCAACCCGCGCACCGUCGAGUGGGAGAAGCUUGCCGAGGCGACGAAGGCCUUCUACGGUGACCGCAUCAAGAAGACGGUCACCUUCAAGGAGUGGGUCAAGGCUCUGGAGGAGAGCGCGACUUCCACCGACGAUGUCGACAAGAACCCCGGUGUCAAGCUGCUCGACUUCUACCACGGUCUGGCGCACAGUGGCGGCAAGCCGGUGGAGUUCUCGAUGGAGCGGACGGUGCAGCACAGCAAAUCGAUGAAGGAGAUGCAGGCUGUGACGCCUGAGCUGAUGCAGAACUGGUGCAGGCAGUGGGGUUUCUAA